CUCAGGCCCCUCCCUGGUUUUCAGCCCUGCAGCUAGUGAUUUCUAACAUUCCGGCACUUCCAUGCAGGGCAUUCGUUGUCCCUGCACUGUUUCAUGAGAUAUCGAACCUGAUUGACAAUGUCUGAAGAUACUGAUGGCGCCGUUGGCAGAUGCGUGUCUGGAUGCACUAUUGCCCUGGUGACCAGCCUGUACAUCACUGCAUCUGUGGUGUAUCACUGGAUGAUCCAACCACCAGUCUACUUGGCCCUACUCUUCAAUUUCACAUGGCUGAUGGCCAUGUGGAGCUACAUCCAGACGGCCUUCACUGAUCCGGGAACUCCAAAGUGCCCUGAAUGGCAAGACUGGAGCCGAGUGCGUGAGGGACUUGCAAAAUCAGUAGACCAGGAUGGAAAGAAGAUGGGCUGGGCCCCUGGCAAACCCAGCUGGUGCGCCAUCUGCCGACGAGAGCGGCCCGAGCGAGCUCACCACUGCAGCAGCUGUGGCUGCUGCAUUCUGCGUAUGGAUCAUCAUUGCCCUUGGAUUGGAUCUUGCGUUGGUUGGCGAAACCACAAGUACUUCCUACUUCUGAACUGGUGGACCUCCUUAAGCUGCCUCUGCUUCCUGCUGAGCAUGACUGGACCUCGUCUCUUGGAGGCUCUGGAGAUCGCUCCAGGCUCAUUCAGCACUGGCAGUUUGCUGUUGAUGGUGGCCGUGCUGAUGAUCGUGAUCUUCUUGCUCCUCACAGGAAUCCUUUUCUGCAUCUCCCUCCAUCUUGCAAUGAGGAACAUCACCACCAUUGAGGAUUUCUUCUCCGGAGAGAAUCCGUACAUGUUUGACUCGUCCAUCAAGAACUUGACUCAACUACUGGGACCUCCAGGAGUCAGGUGGCUGGUGCCUGUGCCCUGCGCCUGCAGGCCUUGUGAUGGCACCAGCUUUCCUCUUGCAUCUGAGGUGAUAGACCGGAUGGCGAGCGGCUACGGGAGUGUUUGAUUCCGGCGACUGGCGGAAAGAGAGGAGGGAAAAA